GUGUUGCUACGUGCUUCGGUGUCGGUUUUUUAUGCCCCAUACCUGUCAAAUCCUGACGUCCGCCCGAUCACCGCGUACACGCGCACGGGGUGAACUUGACAAAACUGUGAAAUAAGUCGAAGAGAAUUUAUUUGUAACUGGUGCAGUUGAAGGGUGUUUUAAUUUCUAAAUUAAAGAGUGGAAAAUUCUGGUGGUGUGCUUGUGAGUGCAAAUAAGUAAGCAACCUGGCGGCGUACCUAGAAGGACCCGCAAUUGCACCCGUGGGGACUCUCGCCUUAAGGGCCGGCCUGGCCCAUGUGCCCAUCGGGCCCAAUUUCAGCAAUUUGCAACAUUCAACGCACAACAUAGGGAGGUGCGAACCGGCCGCAGGAAUGCUUAUCGCAUGCGCCGCUUGCGACAAGCCGAUCCUGGACAAAUUCCUGCUAAAUGUCUUGGAACGAGCGUGGCAUGCGGACUGCGUUCGCUGUUUCGACUGCCAGGCCCCGCUCACGGAUAAGUGCUUUAGUAGGGAGAGCAAGUUGUUCUGCCGGACGGACUUCUUUAAACGAUAUGGUACAAAAUGUGGCGGAUGCGGUCAGGGCAUAUCACCGUCGGAUUUAGUGAGGAAAGCUAGGGACAAAGUGUUCCAUUUAAAUUGCUUCACAUGCUUAGUAUGCCGGAAACAGUUGUCAACAGGCGAGGAACUUUAUGUGUUGGACGAUAAUAAAUUUAUUUGUAAAGACGACUACCUUAGUGGGAAUAAAGUUGCUAGUAUACCUCAUCCGCAAGACUCAUUAAUGGGUUCAGCAUCAGAAGAUGAGGAAGACGACGACAACAGUACAGCAUCAUCUGUGUUAAAACACCAUCCUCUUCAUGGUUCCUUACCGCCAGCACCUGGUGAAACGAAUAACAAUUCUUUACCUCACUCCGAUAUUAGUAAUUCUAUAGGACAGGACCCUAAAACGGAAAACGACUCCGAGGACCAGAACUCUUUAGACGGCGACCCGGAAACGAGGGACUCCCAAACGGAGAACAAAAGUCCUGAUGACAGCAGCGCGGGUUCGAAACGUCGCGGUCCGCGAACGACGAUCAAAGCGAAACAAUUAGAGAUCCUGAAGACUGCCUUCUCGCAAACGCCCAAACCCACCAGGCACAUAAGAGAACAAUUGGCGAAAGAGACGGGGUUGCCCAUGCGAGUGAUACAGGUAUGGUUUCAAAAUAAACGAUCGAAAGAGCGACGACUGAAACAGCUGACGUCAAUGGGUCGGGGUCCAUUCUUCGGCGGUUCUAGGAAAAUGCGGGGGUUCCCCAUGAACCUUUCCCCAGGCGGCUUGGAAGACGGUCCGCCAGGCUUUCCUUAUUUCUCAGACGGAAAAUUCGAAUUCGGAUACGGAGGUCCGCCAUUUCACCCUCACGAUGGUCCGUUCUUCCCCGGUCACCAUCCCGGAGGUCCCGGUGGACAAGUCCUACCCUUCGGCCAAGGAGGAGGUCCAAUGGAUCACGGCGGUCCCAUGCCAAUGACGGGCGAUUUCGGUGGUAUGCCGGGAGCAGAGGGCGGUCCCUUUAUGCCCCAACAACCUGGGCCCGACCAGAUGGGACCCGGCAACCAGGGGAACCAAGGUGUUGGUCGAGGAGGCAGUCCGGAAUUCAUGUCACCGGCAAACUUCGCCGACAAUCCGCAGCAACUGAACGAAGGACUCGUUUGGUAGCUGGCGAAGGCUCUAGCCAAACGAGCUAGAGAAUAGUGUAAAUAACGACGCAGGAUAACUAAGAAAAUGUAUUAUUUAUAGAAGGGUUCGGUUGUUAAUACUUAACGACUUUCACAAACAACGUAACAUUUCGUUCUUAUCGGAGCGCAUUUAUUUCAUAAAUCAUAAUUGAUAUUUUCUUCUCAAACAGUGAUCACCCAAAUUGGAAACAUAAUUCAACAUUAUUAUGUGGAAUAAAAUAAUCCAGUAGCCUGUCAUUUAUGUCCUCAAUUUGGAGAUUGGGUAAAAUUCAUUUUAUUUAAUGAACAAAAACAGAAUAAGAAACUCAAAAGUACGAAAAACGUUGACAGUUAGAUUUAAACAUCAUUGAAUGUAAAAACUAUGUGAUAAAGAAUCACUGAAAAUGUUGUAAAUCUAAUUGUAUAUUAUUUACUAAUGAAACAAAUUAAUCUUUGUCAUUUCAUUAUUUUAUACAGGGUGCAGCAAGCAUUUUCAGUGCUGGAAGUCCUGAAAGUCAAUAAGUCCAAAAUAACCGACAUAUUUUACUUUGAAAAUUAAAAAAAAUUGUAUAUUAUGCAUUACAUACCGAGGAGGGAAGUGUUUUAUUACUGUCAAGUGAUUAAUAUUGUUAAUAGAUUAACUAAAUCUCGAGACAAUAAUGAAAACUUUCCUCCGAGGUUUGUAUACUAUUUUAUUU